CGGCAAGUAUAACAAACUGCGAACUGUGACCUUGUGUCUGAAUUAUUCCGACGUCGAAAACUCGGAAAGCGCUUUGAUAAAUUAUCUUUACCAAAUUUCAUAUUGAAAUUUUAUAUUAUUUAACACACAAUAAUCAUUUUUAGUAAUACUCAGUGAAUAUGGCUUCGUUAGGGAAAGUAUUUCGCAACGCAUUCACAAACAACAGCCUUCGAGUGUUGAGGCGGUGUCCAAUGAUUUUAGAAAAACGCCAAUUGAGUCAAACGAGCAUUUACAACUUGAACUUACAACUCACAAAAACACCUAUGGUGCGUGAUCGAUGGUAUUCGGACACAACGACUGCCGGUAGAUUGUUGUUGACUGAAGUAGAAUCUAGAGUACUAAAGACAUUUGUGCGGACUUACAGUGUCAAGCCACCAAUGACUAUUGAUCAAAUUAAAAAAAGAGUCCUAUUGGUAUUACAGUUAUACGACAAGGUUAAUCCAGACAAGCUUAGCCUUGAAUCACAUUUCAUUAAUGAUCUCGGAUUAGACUCCCUUGAUCACGUUGAAGUCAUAAUGGCCAUAGAAGAUGAAUUUGGUUUUGAAAUACCUGAUGAAGAUGCAGAAAAGUUGCACAGACCUAAAGAUAUAGUGCAAUAUGUUUGUGAUCGUGAAGAUAUCUAUGAUUGAAUUAACCAGUCCUGUAUUUUCGUUUAAUAAUAGUAGCUUUCCUAAGUGUUAAAAAUGUAAGAAUAACUUGAUGGAACAUCUAUACUGAUUUGUAAUUUUUUUUUUUAAAGAAUAUAAGUUUAGUGAGUGUUAAAAGAA